AUGCAGCUGAACUUCCAAGGCCUACGGGCUCUGGUGACCGGGGCCGGGAAAGGGAUCGGACGGGGUACGGCUCAGGCGCUGCACGCGGCAGGAGCCAGAGUGGUGGCUGUGACCCGCACCCAAGCCGACCUGGUCAGCCUGGCCCGGGAGUGCCCCGGAGUGGAGCCCGUGUGCGUGGACCUGGGCGACUGGGAGGCCACAGAGCGGGCGCUGGGAGACGUGGGCGCCGUGGACCUGCUGGUGAACAACGCGGGGGUGGCCAUUGUGCAGCCCUUCCUGAGCAUCACCAAAGAGAUCUUCGACAGGUCUUUCCACGUGAACCUGCGUUCAGUCGUCCAGGUGUCCCAGAUCGUGGCCCACGGCAUGGUGAAGCGAGGGGUGCCCGGCUCCAUCGUGAACGUGUCCAGCAUAGUGGCUCACACGGCCUUGCCCAACGUGGCAGUCUACAGCUCCACCAAGGGCGCCAUGACCAUGCUCACCAAAGUGAUGGCCGCGGAGCUGGGCCCACACAAGAUCCGCGUGAACUCCGUGAACCCCACGGUGGUGAUGACCAACAUGGGCAAGCAAGUCCUGGAGGACCCUGAGUUGUUCAAGCGGUUGCAGGAGCGCCACCCGCUGGGCAAGUUCGCAGAGCUGGAGGACGUGGUCAACAGCAUCCUCUUCCUGCUCAGCGACUGCAGCGCCUCCACCACCGGCUCGGGCAUCAUGGUGGACGCGGGGUAUCUGUCUUCUUAGAGCACUCGCGCAGGAGUCCAGCCGCCGCCGGGGACCUGGCCUG